GUGGACGCGCUUCCAUGGUAGCUUAGAAGAGAGUCAGAAACUACUUCCCCUUAGUCUACAGCUGAGUCCACACUCCACAGUCUCGACCCUCGAGCGAACGAGUGCGUGCGUCACGGCCUUGUUUCACUCGGUGAAAAACCUAACUCCCCAAAACACAUCGGAAACAAUCUCAUGCAAUCAAUGUGACUCAAUUACUGACACAGUUAGGCCCAGGUUUUCGGUCGCUUUUAGGUUUUGAUUUUUGGACUCUGUAUUCGAUCAGCACUCUCCAGAGCUUGUACCGAAGUUUCCGUUGGCUGGUUGGAAAUGGCGCCAAAUCCAAAGGUGGUAGCAGCCUAUCGGGCAAUGGCAAAUCUUGGGAUUCAUGAAUCAAAAGUGAAGCCAGUACUAAAGAAGCUCCUUAAGUUGUAUGAUAAAAACUGGGAGCUUAUUGAAGAAGAGAACUAUAGAGCUCUGGCAGAUGCAAUAUUUGAGGAGGAGGAAAAUCCGGUGCUGGAGCAAGAGCAGGAAAAGAAAAACAAGAGAGUUGAUGAAGCAGAGUUAGAUGAUGAAGUGCAAGAUCAGCCACUGCGACCUAAAAAGAGGUUGCGCUUGAGAGGUCCAGAGUUUCAGUCUUCAAAUAAUCAGAUUAGCAGUGGUCCCAGUUCAGCUGCUUUUCCAUUGAAAACUCCUAAAUUAGAAGAUGACACGGUACCUGGAAAUGGUUCUAUACUGCAUGCUCAAAGUGCUGCAGCAUUAUCUGAUGGAAAUGGAAUGAUUGAAGCUCAUCAAGUUCAUUCACAAGAAGGCAUUAUUGACAAGGGAAAGAAACCUGUAUCACCUCAAGUUACUCCCAGAGGAAGAAGAUCUACAUCGGAUGGAGUGCCACCAGCAGUACUACCUAAAGAACCAGCAGUUGAACCGCUGAGCACUUUGUCUCCAAGAAGCAAAAUGGCCCAUCCUCUUGUAUGGAUCAAGCCCAAGGAUGAGCCAAUUGAUGACGCACGAGAUAAUGAGGCUCCCAUUUCAAUGAUUCUUCCUGAACCAUCUAGUGGAAAGGAUUCUUCAAUGAUGAAUGGUGCAGCUGGACAGCAAGAUUGUGACGACACUGUGGCAUCACAUUGCAUAAAUGAUGAAGUUGCUGGUGAAGAUAACCUCCGCUCUUCAAAUGAAGAUGCCCCUUCUACUGUAGAGAUAGGCUCAUCACCUAUACAAGAGGAAGGAUCUGCAAAGAUAACAACACCAAACAUCAGCAUGCCAAAGGAAUCUGAGUCACAUGAUGCUCUGGUUGCCGGAGGAAAUGAAGAUCCAGUUACACCUUGCAUUUCAAAUGGAUCUGCCAAUGUUAAUUCUUAUUCUUCCUUGCCCACUACUGAAAUUCCAGUUUCUCUGCCCUGCCCGCGUGGUCUGGAUGACACUUCACCAGUUCCCCAGGAGGUUGGAAAUAAUGAUUGCUUAGCAAGUGAUGAUGGAAGGGAGCUAGUGGAUCCUAUAUCUAAUAAUUCUCAUAGUUUAGUUACUGUUCCAAAGAAUCAGCUUACUACUAAUGCUAUAAUGACUGUUCACGAUGUUAAUGACAUAACAAAGGGUGAAGAAAAAGUGAAAAUUUCAUGGGUCAAUAACAUUACUGAUGAUUUCCCACCAUCCUUUCAUUACAUACCCCGAAACCUUGUAUUCCAAAAUGCUUAUGUUAGUAUUUCUCUGUCUCGCAUUGGGAAUGAAGAUUGCUGUUCUACUUGCAUAGGCAAUUGUGUCUUGUCUUCUGAAUCAUGUUCUUGUGCGAAUAAAACUGGUGGUGGAUUUGCCUACACUGCACAAGGCCUACUGAAGGAAGAGUUCUUGGAUGAGUGCAUUGUCAUCAGCUGCAACCCUAAAAAUUGUUUCUAUUGUGAAGACUGCCCAGUUGAAAGAUCAAAGAAUGAUGAUUGUUCAGAACCAUGUAAAGGACACUUAAGGAGGAAGUUUAUUAAGGAAUGCUGGAGUAAAUGUGGCUGUGGUAAAAAAUGUGGCAAUCGGGUUGUCCAGCAAGGAAUAACUUGCAACUUGCAGGUGUUUUUAACUUCUGAAGGAAAAGGUUGGGGUCUUCGGACGUUAGAGGACCUUCCCAAAGGGGCAUUUGUAUGUGAGUUUGUUGGAGAAAUUCUAAUCGUCAAAGAAUUGCAUGAGAGGAGCCUAAAAUAUCCCAAAAAUAGGAAAUAUACAUACCCAAUUCUAUUGGAUGCAGAUUGGGAAUCAGGAGGUGUGGGGGAUAAAGAAGCACUUUGCUUGUAUGCAGCAUCUUAUGGAAAUGCUGCUAGGUUUAUUAAUCACAGAUGUUUAGAUGCUAACUUGAUUGAGAUCCCCGUUGAAAUUGAGGGCCCAGAUCAUCACUACUAUCAUCUUGCCUUAUUCACAUCCAGAGAAAUAGCAGCACAGGAGGAGCUCACUUGGGAUUAUGGCAUCAACUUCGAUGAUCAUGAUCAGCCUGUUGAGCUGUUUGGGUGCAAAUGUGGAAGUAAAUUCUGCAGGAAUAUGAAGCGAUCAAGUAGAUCCGCAAGAUCGUUGGCUGCAAGAUGAUAUAGUCAUUCUGUGUUAACACCAAUUUUGCUGUUAGACCCAUGUCAGCAAUGAUUAGUAACGAGUUUCAAACUACUGGAUUUAUAUAUUUUUGUUGGUCAUUUUGCGUGGAAUUUGGAGACUAAUUGCUUUUUACGCCCAUCUAUAUACAUGCACAAAAAAAAUGAGACAUGCUAACGUUACUCGAAAUAUAAUGCUCUUUAUUAUUGAUUUAA